GUUAUUAUUUGAUUUAUGUGGACUUGCAGCUGCCCUUGCUUCGACCCUAGAAAAGACUGUGUGGGAAGUUUGUGUCUCAGAGCUGUAGCAUUGCUCUGCAGAGUGUCUGGAGCCUGGUGUAUGCACAGAAGCUGAUAAAUAGGGAAAAGGCCCAGUUUGCUCCAGCUGGACUCAGAGCUAGGAUCAACGCUGCAGCCCAGCAGACUCAGCUCUGGAAGCAAGAUACUCAGGAGCUUCUGUUGCCUUCUUAGAAGUCUAUCACACAGCAAAGUGAAUUAAAUAGUGUAGCUGGGAGCAGAAUAUGGCAAAUGCAUUUGUCACUGUACCUGAUGGGUAUUGUCUUCCUGAGCCCAUACAGUACUAUGAUGUUUUACCAGAGCACAUCAGCUACGAGGUACAGGACACUGAUUUUCAGGCUGGGCCAUACUGCCAGUACUCCCCAGCUCCCAUCCCUCCCCCAGUGCUGCAGCCUCCCCAGUCCCAGUACACCACAUACAGCCUGGAUCCCCUGUACAGCGAGGGGCCGUGCAGCAGCAGCAGCUGUGAACUGAGCAAACCCCCUUUCCUGGCUGCCCACACUGGUGAUGAUGGAUACCAAGGACUGAAGAGGCCAAGAUUAAACCACUCUUCUUUGAAGCUGAAGGGGCAGGAGGAGCUGUGCGUGGUGUGUGGGGACAAAGCCUCUGGGUAUCACUACAACGCACUGACCUGUGAAGGCUGUAAAGGUUUCUUUCGACGUAGCAUAACCAAAAAUGCAGUGUAUCUAUGCAAGAAUGGUGGUCAUUGUGAAAUGGACAUGUACAUGCGAAGGAAGUGCCAGGAAUGUCGCCUGAAGAAAUGUAAAGCUGUGGGAAUGCUAGCAGAAUGUUUGCUGACUGAAGUACAAUGUAAGUCAAAGCGACUCAGAAAGAAUUUCAAACAGAAGAGCAGUUUUCUUUGCAACAUAAAACUGGAAGAUGAAGGACUGAACAGUAAGCAUGUAUCAUCUACAACAAGAUCUGGAAAAAUUCUGGAGAAGUUGGAACUUACUCCCAGGGAACAUCAGCUUCUUGACCAUAUUGUAGCAGCACACCAAAAAUACACAAUUCCCCUUGAGGAAGCAAGGAAGUUUCUACAAGAAACUGCAAGUCCUGAGGAAAGUUUUCUCCAUCUCUCUGAGACAGCAGUCAUCCAUGUACAAGUGCUAGUAGAUUUCACAAAAAGACUUCCAGGAUUUGAAAGUUUAGCCAGUGAAGAUCAGCUUGCACUGCUAAAGGGGUCAACAGUUGAGGCAAUGUUUUUGCGUUCAGCUCAAAUGUAUAACCAAAGAAUUAGCGAAUACCAACCAUCAACAAGUGAAAGUCAAGUAAGACUUUCUGAUCAUGGGACAUGUUACGUUCAAAACGUUGAUAAAAACAUUUAUUCCAUGGAAAUGUCUCACAAUGAAGAGAGUCCAACUUCCACUACUACUUCAGGUAUAACCGAGGAGUUCAUUACCGCGCUGUUUUACUUCUACAGAAGUAUGGGGGAACUGAAAGUGACAGAGACCGAGUAUGCCCUGCUCGUAGCAACAACGGUGUUUUUCUCAGACCGCCCGCUCCUGAGGAACAAGCGGCACGUAGAAGAACUGCAGGAGCCGCUCCUGGGCAUCCUCUACAAGUACUCGAAGAUCUAUCACCCCGAGGACCCCCAGCACUUCGCACGCCUUAUUGGGCGCCUCACGGAACUGCGCACCCUCAACCACACCCACGCGGAAGUGCUGGUAACAUGGAGAACAAAAGACCCCCGGCUGACUUCCUUGCUUUGCGAGAUCUGGGAUCUGCACUAGGCGACGACUAUC